AUGGCCAGGCGAAUCCUUCCAUCGCUCCGGCCAUGGUCCCACUGGGCCCGCCGAUCGCCCUUCAGUUUCCCAUCUGCUGUCCAGCUCCCUCUCGAACCCCGAAUCGAGGAAGAGAGGAUCCCCGGCUUCAGACCCAAGUCGUAUUUCCCCGUCACCCCUGGCUAUGUCUUCCAUGACCGAUACGAGGCAUUGGCCAAGCUCGGCUGGGGCACCACCUCCACCAUCUGGCUCGUCCGAGAUCUUCAACGUUGGCCAUGGCAAUCGGAGCGCUACCUGACCUUGAAGGUUGGAUGUUGUAACUACCGCACCGUGGACGAGGCUCGCCAGGAAUCCAAUCUCGAACGACACAUCCGUGACUCCAAUCCCAACCAUUUCGGCCACGACGUGACAAGGACCUUUAUCGAAUCGUUCGAAGAGAGAAGCCCCUACGGAACACAUGUCUGUCUGGCCUACGAGCCCAUGCGAGAACCCCUCUGGAUAUUACAGAAGCGCUUCCGUAACGAGGUCUUUCCCCUCAGCAUCCUCAAAGCAUACAUGAAGAUCCUCCUGAUGGGCCUGGACUACCUCCACUCCGAAUGCAACAUCAUCCACACCGACCUCAAAGCAGACAACAUCCUCGUAUCCUUUGAAAACCCCUCCGUCAUUCACUCCUUCGCCCAAAUCACUCCAUCCCGACCCAUCUCCCUCAAAACCCUCGACGACCACCCCAUCUACCGCUCUCACGAUGACUUCGGUCCCCUUCAGUCCUACGAAACCAUCCCCACCCUCUCGGAUUUCGGUGCCGCUGUACAUAAGCAAGACCAAUCCACUCCAUGCAUCCUUCCCAUCCAACCAGACUGCUACCGCGCACCAGAGGUCAUUCUCGGCGCCGGAUACACCUACAGCGCCGACAUCUGGAAUCUCGGCGUGAUGAUAUGGGAACUCCUCGAAAACCGCACCCUCUUCACCCAAGCCCGCGACUCCACCCUGAAAAACCACCCAGACGCACACCUCGCCCAAAUGAUCGCCUUUCUAGGUCCCCCGCCGCAGGAGCUACUAGUGCGGUCGAGAGAACACCGUCAUUGGAAAUGGAGCCCCGCGGUGCAGAGUCCCCACGGGAAGCUUGUCAAGUCAGUGGAAGAUUGGUUUGACGGGCCAUUUUUCGAUGAUGAUGGGAAAUUCCUGCACGAGAAUCUCAUUCCCAAAGAUCAGACGCUUGAAGAUACGAUUACUUGUCUUGAAGGCGAAGAGAAAAGUAAGUUUCUUGUGUUUGCGAGGAAAAUGCUAAAGUGGAUGCCUGAGGAGCGAGGGACGGCGAAAGAGUUGGUUGACGAUCCUUGGUUGGAUAUUGAAGGGGAGAAGAAGUAGAUGGGUAUGAUGGGCUGGCUGUAUAUUAUUUUCCCCUGUCCACUCCACUACUCUCCACUCUACUGUACAUAUGUAUGAUAGUCUUGAUGUAGAUAGAUAGAUAGAUAGUAAGGUAGAUACCUGGUG